AUGUCUGUCUUCCGUAUGAGCGUCCAGGGUGGACAAACAGUCCCCAUCGAAUUCAAGUCAUUUAUGAUGGUUACUAUCUCUAAGGGUAUCCUUUUAAGGAGACCAGAUCCAAGCAAACAAGUUAUCAUUACAAUCAAAUAUACACCCCUUCCAAAUCAGACACAGCCUCAGACCAGCGAAACAUCAGAUAUAUUAGCAACAUUCGAGCCAGGUAAGGACGAGGUCAAGAUUGAAAACAUGUACUAUGAUACAAUGAAUCCUAAGAUAGUAGUUCCAGAAGGUGUUGAGAUAAAGUUUGAGGGUAACUUCGUCGCCUCUGAAUCCUUCAUAGAUGAGGACGAAGAGGAGAAUGAUGAAUCCACAGAAACUCCAGAAGACGAAGAGGAUGAUGAAUUCCAAGAUGAGGAAUCCGAGGCUUAA